ACAAACACGAGCGAAACAGAAAGUGAUGCGCGCGCGGCUCUUCGGGGAAGGAAGCGCGUGUCAGCGAGAGUCCGGGAACAGAGGGAGGGGGCAGACGGAGAGGAGAGUGGAGGGGAGGGUGAGACCGGAGAGCAGCCGCAUUUCUGCGCGCCAGAGGAGCAGGACGCACGAGAUCACCGCGCGCACAGGUGCGUUUGCUGCAGGCGAUCCUCUCUGGUCGGAGUCAUGGAGUGCUUCAAAAACUGCUGCAAGAACUUCCUGCAAAAGAACGAGAAGGAGGAGCGUGAAACCCAAGUCAUCGCCAUGAAGAUGCCUCAGAACAAGACGGAGGACGAAAAGAGGAGGGCGGACACAGACGACUACCUGCUGUCCAAGAUGCCCCCCAAUGGCAGAGAGGUGCCCUUUGUCGUGCCAACAUUGGUCCAACCCAGAGUGAAGCCCCCCAGUCCUGCCUCACAGCCCACGCAUCACCCUUCUGUGAGGGACAUCUACACGCAGAGGAAGGCGGAGCUGAGGGGCUCCACCUACUUCAGCUACAGUCCAGAGGGGCUCUUCCAUCAUGGAGACACGUCGCCGUACGCCUCACCCGGCUCCGCCCGCCGGGACACGAUAAAGAGCCUCAGUCCCCGCCCCCACAGCCCAGGUCGGAGCCUGAAGCCCGGAAACCCGGAGCGCCUGAGCAGCUCCAUGCUGGACCUGUCCAGCUUUCGGAGUCCCAGGCAGAGUUUGGGCUCCAGCCCCUUCAGCAGCACGUCGUCCAUGAUCAGCUCCGUGGAAAGCAGCACGGAAUCCAUCUCUGUGUUCGGGGACGAGCAGCAGUUAGGAAAGGUUUGUGUCCAGCUGAGCUACCGGGAGGACCUGGAGCAGGUGUGGAUCACCCUGAUUCAGUGUUUAGAUCUCAACCUUGACGCAGACGGAGCAGAAGAGCAAAAGGUCGGAUUCAAAGGCUUCAUCACCGUCCCCAAACCCAUCCAGUUCAAGAGCUGCAUUAGAGACUACAGUCAGGACGUGAGCUUCAUGCAGAGCUUCGUGUUUGCGCUGCGUCUGGAGCAGCUGCGCAGCUGCGCGCUGGUGCUGCGGCUGCAGGUGCACGCCCCCCGGAAGCGGACGGUGGCGGAGAGCGUCCUGUCGCUGCGGCGGCUCGGUCCCAAGGAGUCCGAGUACUGGCUGGACCUCAACCCCCCCUCCAAGUCCCCCGCCUGCCACUCGGAGCUGCACCUCAGCACCUGCUUCCAGCCGGUCAACGGCCGCGUCCAGCUGCAGGUGCUGGCGGCCCAAAGCCUCCCUCCGACCUCCUCGCCGCUUUCCCUCCGGUUCUUCGUCACGGCGGAGAUGCAGCAGGCGGGGAGGAAGGACACCAGGAAGAAGUGCCGGGCGGUGAAGGCGUUGGAGGGCCAGUGUCGGUGGGGGGAGACGUUCCACUUCCUGCUGGCCUCCUUGGAGGAGCCGUGCUCGCUGUCGGUCAGACUCUACAGUUACAGCUCAGUGAGGCGGAAAUGCUGCCUCGGACAGGUCCUGCUGGGGUUCGAUAGCCCGGUCCCCGAGGCUGUGGAGCAGUGGACGGACACGAUGACCCACCCGGAGAAGGUGGUGACGGCUUGGCUCCGGCUAAGCCCCCCCUAAAGCUGCUGGUUGUCUCCUCAGUCACGAAGACACGGUGGGAGUCCCGGGAGCCGGCUCAGGCAUCCGCUGACCGCCGCUAAAAUGAAGGAUUUGAACAAAAGCCUGGUUUUGGGAAGAGUCUGAAGGUCAGCUCGUGUUUCUGAGAAGAGACCACAGAGGAACUGUACUGUCAUAAAAAGUUAGUUCUGCAUAAAUGUGAGUGAAUGGAAGCAGGUUGUUGGUUUGCACAAAUCCAUGAGGGAUCUCAUUAAACGUCACUUUGAGCGAAAGUCCGGUCUGUGCGCACAAAUUUCCACAGGCAGGAUCUGGAUUAAAUGCUACGUCUCUGUUUGUCUAGAAACUAGAUUCAACUCUACGUCUGAAAUGUUAGUUUUGUUUUAUUCUGACAGUCCUGAUUGUGGACAGCUGUAGUUCAACUGAUGCUACGUUUUUACCAAACUAGAAUAAAACCCAUUAAAGUCUGUUUUUAUGACUCAUUCUACAUAAAGUCACAACAUUCUGUUGCUGGAUUUUACAGCAGCUCAGGGUCUAAAACUUUCAACGCUAAAAGAGCCGCUUGGUCCAUUUUUUACUGACUAAAACCCAAAUGCCACAAAGUCACGCCUUAACCUUUUAGAAAAUUACAUUUAUUUAUAAAAACGUAGCUUCUGAAUGUUUACAAUAUUUAUAUUAAAACUGCAUCUUAUUUUUCUAUUUAUACUAAAUUGUUCUUGUGUUUAACAGCAUCAUGUUCCUUUCAAAAUAAAGUACAUCCUGUGUCAGUUAAGCUCCUCCUACUGCAGCUGAUUCACUUUAAAUAAAAAUGUAUGAAAACUAA